CUCAGUGUUUCUUUAUGGGAGGAGCGGUGUGACUUCCCCACUUCUGCCCCCACUAUGUACUUUUUUACAUCCCUGCUUACGUUUGGCUGGCAUAGCCUAAUUUCCGCAUUCCCAAAUCCUCCCAGAUUGGGAUCACGUUUAAAGUCGGGCUGAUGCAACGAUUUCCACUUUUUAAAAUCUACUCUCGACCCUCGGCUGAGCAGAAGAAAGGACAUUUGUUGCACCUGGGAUCAAAGUCAGCUGUGGUCACGACCGAGACUGACACGAUGCCAGGACAAAUCCCAGAUCCCUCUGUGACUGCAGGCUCCCUGCCCAGCCUGGGCCCGCUGGCUGGGAUCUCGGCCACCACGCUGACUGACAAGCUCAAAUUCGGCGACCUCCAGGAGUUUGGGACGAUGCUGUCACCUCUGCACUUCCUGGACAGUCUGGGGAAGAGGCCCCUAGUCAUUAAAACAGAGAGAGAUGAAGAGGAAGAGAGGAGGAAACGGAGGCGAGAGAAAAACAAAGUGGCUGCAGCUCGGUGUCGAAACAAAAAGAAAGAGAGAACAGAUUAUCUACAAAAGGAAUCAGAACGACUAGAGAUGCUAAACUCCGACCUUAAAGCCCAGAUCGAGGAGCUGAAGCUGGAGCGGCAGCAGCUGAUCCUCAUGCUGAACCGCCAUCGUCCCACGUGCAUUGUGAGGACGGACAGUGUCAAAACUCCGGAGAGCGAGGUGAACCCUCUGUUGCAGCAGCUGGAGGACAAGUGAACACACCACAACUUUCUACAGUUUACGGUUGAGAAUAAGCAGCCAACAAGCAGCACUUAGGUCAGAGGCUCAGUCCAAAGGAGAGCCAGCCCGAUCCUUGCUACCUUCAGAGCGCUUCGCAAAAUGUGGAUCCGGCACCCUCGGACAUUGUUUUGACAGUAAAAUCCGUCUUCUUUUCUUUUUCUUGCUUUCACAUUUGUUUGUCAUUUUGGUCAUUACAGCUCCAGCCACCAUCAGCAUGAAGUUAAAUGAAAAAACCUCUCGAGAAAAUUGCCUUCCAUACAAUCAGCUUGUUGUUUUAAGGUGGAUUUGUGCGAUAUAUGAUCUGAAAUUGAGCAACAAGCUUUAAAAAUUUGAGCUUAACUGCAGAAGAAUUGUCCAAUUUCAGCAAUUUGUUCUACUAUUUACAUUUACUUGAUGAUGUUUUUAUUUUUUAAAAUUGAGCUACAUUUGAUCAAUUAACUGAAUCGGCGAUUAAUUGUGGCCAAAUUGCAUGUAACUGUUGUUUUAACAUCAUUUCAACUAUAGCUUCCAUGUGAGCUCCUUAAACAGCAACAGCUAUAUGUGAUCAGGCUAGAAAUAGACGACUUGUUUCAACAUGUCUGUGUCCGUGUUCCUAAAGUGACUUGGAUUGUCUUACUUUUAGCAAAAUACAUUUGGGGAAUCAUAUCAGUUUUACCCGUAAACCUUUAAAUUUAGAGGGAUAUGCGUCUAGUAAAACAUGGAAAUUACUACUGGAGUACAUUAACCUUCAAAUUUUAGAAAAUAAAUACAUUUCCAAUUUGUUUUCAUGUUGUUAAACCGGCACACAAAGAAGCCUUUUUACUCCAUCAUUGUUUUUUCUGGUCAUUUUGGUUCUUUCAUACAUUUGAUGGCACAACAGUUGAACCUUGUUUUUUUUUUUUUGUUUAUUCCACUGUUUUGGCGCAGGCGUCAUGUAUGCACAUAUAUAUACGGAGUGUUUACAUUGUACUUUAUUUCCUUAUUGUUACUACCAAUUAUGUUUUUUAUACUUUUGUAUAUGAUGUUAUAUAAGCAUAUAAGCUAUCACAAAAUCCCAUUUUGUAUUCCCUUAAGAAAUAAAUGUUUAGUUUCUUUUU